CUCCCGCAGCGCGAGUGUGUGCGCCUCACUCAGUGUGCGUGGAGAUUAGGUCCGACCGCCGGCUCCGAGGCAGGCAGUUCGCGAGCUAAAGCCGCCGCCCCCGCCGCCGCCGCCGCUGCCGCUGCCAGCAGCCGCCUUCGCGAGCAGCGCCGCGGCGGAACCGGGCGCAGGGGAGCUAGCCCGGCCCCGCCAGCCCAGCCCAACCCGGCCCGACUCCCUCUCCACGCCGGGGCAGCAGCAGCAGCAGCCGCAGCCGCAGCCGCCGCCGCAGCGCGGAGAGAAGGUGGAGGAAGAAAUCCAGCCCCUAGCACGCGCGCACCAUCAUGGACCAUUAUGAUUCCCAGCAAACCAACGACUACAUGCAGCCCGAAGAGGACUGGGAUCGAGACCUGCUCCUGGACCCGGCCUGGGAGAAGCAGCAGAGAAAGACGUUCACGGCAUGGUGCAACUCCCACCUCCGUAAAGCGGGGACGCAGAUCGAGAACAUCGAAGAGGACUUCCGGGACGGCCUGAAGCUCAUGCUGCUGCUGGAGGUCAUCUCAGGUGAGCGCUUGGCCAAGCCGGAGAGAGGCAAGAUGCGGGUGCACAAGAUCUCCAACGUCAACAAGGCCCUGGACUUCAUAGCCAGCAAGGGGGUCAAGCUGGUGUCCAUCGGAGCCGAGGAAAUCGUGGAUGGGAACGUGAAAAUGACCCUGGGCAUGAUCUGGACCAUCAUCCUCCGCUUUGCCAUCCAGGACAUCUCUGUGGAAGAGACUUCGGCGAAGGAAGGGCUGCUCUUGUGGUGUCAGAGAAAGACAGCCCCUUACAAAAAUGUCAAUAUCCAGAACUUCCACAUAAGCUGGAAGGAUGGCCUUGGCUUCUGUGCCUUGAUCCACCGACACCGGCCUGAGCUGAUCGACUAUGGGAAGCUGCGGAAGGACGAUCCACUUACAAAUUUGAACACGGCCUUCGAUGUGGCUGAGAAGUACCUGGACAUCCCCAAGAUGCUGGAUGCUGAAGACAUUGUGGGAACCGCCCGCCCGGAUGAGAAGGCCAUCAUGACUUACGUGUCCAGCUUCUACCAUGCCUUCUCUGGAGCCCAGAAGGCGGAGACAGCAGCCAAUCGCAUCUGCAAGGUGUUGGCCGUCAAUCAGGAGAAUGAGCAGCUCAUGGAAGACUACGAGAAGCUGGCCAGCGAUCUGUUGGAGUGGAUCCGCCGCACCAUCCCCUGGCUGGAGAACCGGGCGCCCGAGAACACCAUGCACGCCAUGCAGCAGAAGCUGGAGGACUUCCGGGACUACCGGCGUCUGCACAAGCCGCCCAAGGUGCAGGAGAAGUGCCAGCUGGAGAUCAACUUCAACACGCUGCAGACCAAGCUGCGCCUCAGCAACCGGCCCGCAUUCAUGCCCUCCGAGGGCAGGAUGGUCUCGGACAUCAACAACGCCUGGGGCUGCCUGGAGCAGGCGGAGAAGGGCUAUGAGGAGUGGCUGCUGAACGAGAUCCGGAGGCUGGAGCGGCUGGACCACCUGGCAGAGAAGUUCCGGCAGAAGGCCUCCAUCCACGAGGCCUGGACGGACGGCAAAGAGGCCAUGCUGCGGCAGAAGGAUUAUGAGACAGCCACCCUCUCGGAGAUCAAGGCCCUGCUCAAGAAGCACGAGGCCUUUGAGAGCGACCUGGCCGCCCACCAGGACCGAGUGGAGCAGAUCGCUGCCAUCGCGCAGGAGCUCAAUGAGCUGGACUAUUACGACUCACCCAGUGUCAACGCCCGGUGCCAAAAGAUCUGUGACCAGUGGGACAAUCUGGGGGCCCUAACCCAGAAGCGGAGGGAAGCUCUGGAGCGAACAGAGAAACUACUGGAGACCAUUGACCAGCUGUACCUGGAGUAUGCCAAGCGGGCCGCACCCUUCAACAACUGGAUGGAGGGGGCCAUGGAGGACCUGCAGGACACCUUCAUCGUGCACACCAUCGAGGAGAUCCAGGGACUGACCACAGCCCACGAGCAAUUCAAAGCCACCCUCCCCGAUGCCGACAAGGAGCGCCUGGCCAUCCUGGGCAUCCACAACGAGGUGUCCAAGAUUGUCCAGACCUACCACGUCAACAUGGCUGGCACCAACCCCUACACCACCAUCACGCCUCAGGAGAUCAACGGCAAAUGGGACCACGUGCGGCAGCUGGUACCUCGGAGGGACCAGGCCCUGACGGAGGAGCAUGCCCGCCAGCAGCACAAUGAGAGGCUACGCAAGCAGUUCGGGGCCCAGGCCAAUGUCAUCGGGCCCUGGAUCCAGACCAAGAUGGAGGAAAUCGGGAGGAUCUCCAUCGAGAUGCACGGGACCCUGGAGGACCAGCUCAGCCACCUGCGACAGUACGAGAAGAGCAUCGUCAAUUACAAGCCCAAGAUCGACCAGCUGGAGGGCGACCACCAGCUCAUCCAGGAGGCGCUCAUCUUCGACAACAAGCACACCAACUACACCAUGGAGCACAUCCGCGUGGGCUGGGAGCAGCUCCUGACCACCAUCGCCAGGACCAUCAACGAGGUGGAGAACCAGAUCCUGACUCGGGAUGCCAAGGGCAUCAGCCAGGAGCAGAUGAACGAGUUCCGGGCCUCCUUCAACCACUUUGAUCGGGAUCACUCCGGCACGCUGGGUCCCGAGGAGUUCAAAGCCUGCCUCAUCAGCUUGGGCUAUGAUAUUGGCAACGACCCCCAGAAGAAGACAGGCACGAUGGACACGGAUGAUUUCCGCGCCUGCCUUAUCUCCAUGGGUUACAACAUGGGAGAGGCAGAAUUUGCCCGCAUCAUGAGCAUUGUGGACCCUAACCGCCUGGGGGUAGUGACAUUCCAGGCCUUCAUCGACUUUAUGUCCCGUGAGACGGCUGACACAGAUACAGCAGACCAAGUCAUGGCUUCCUUCAAGAUCCUGGCUGGGGACAAGAACUACAUCACGGUGGACGAGCUGCGCCGCGAGCUGCCGCAGGACCAGGCCGAGUACUGCAUCGCGCGGAUGGCCCCUUACACCGGCCCCGACGCCGUGCCCGGUGCUCUGGACUACAUGUCCUUCUCCACGGCGCUGUACGGCGAGAGUGACCUCUAACCGCCCCGUCCGGUCCAGCACCCUCGCCCCCUACGCCUGCGAGCCCCGCCCUGCGCCUCCGCUGCCCCCUCUCCCCGUCCGGGUUUGGUUUCCGCGCUCAGCCUCGGACCGGGCAAGCUGGGACCCACGUGGCAUCGCGCCUCCUUGCCCACGAAGUGACGGUUUACAAAUUAUUUUCUGCAAAAAAGAAAAAAAGUUACGUUAAAAAAAGUAAAAAACUAAAAAACCACAUAUUUUAUUAUAGAAAAAGUAUUUUUUUCUCCACCAGACUUAAAUGGGAAAGAGAAAGAAUUAACUAUUUGCACCGAAAUGUUUUUUUUUUUGGUUGUGACAUAGGAAAAUAACCAAGCACAAUGUUAUAGUCCAUCCUUUUUAUCGAUUUCUUUUUUUCUAUCUGUUCCAUCUGCUGUAUUCAUUUCUCCAAUCUCAUGUCCACCUUGAUGUGGGAGUGGGGGGUGGGGUGGGGAUAAUCUUGUCAAAAGGCACAUUGGUGCAUGUGUGUUUGCUAGCUCACUUGUCCAUGAAAAUAUUUUAUGAUAUUAAAGAAAAUCUUUUGAAAUGGCUGUUUUUUAAGGAAGAGAAUUUAUGUGGCUUGUCUUCUCGUUUUUAAGUCAAGAGGUGGGGUUAGUCUCUUUAUAAGCACGCAUUUUUUUUUAAAUAUUACUUAUUAAAAAUGGUCAGGAUAAAAUUGGAGAGUGUGGACAACUUUGUUACUGGCACACACGUUAUUAAAGCCACGAUGCUCCCGUGACAGCUCCUGGCUUACUCCUUGCUUACUGUUUCCCAGAAGUGUGUGUGGGUCAAGGAUGGAGUGGGGCACCCUGUACCCACCCCGGUACUUUUUUGGCCCUGAUGCAUUCAGUCGUCUUACACUUCAGUUUCUUCAAUUUAAAAAGGAAAAGGUGGUUUCCUUUAUGAGGUGAAACUAAGGUCAUGGUUGUGGAAGGGACUCCUUGAUGAGAAGCCCUGCCUUUGUUUAUUUGCCACAGCAUCAAACAGCUCUGUGACAUCUGUAUGCCCACUACUCCUUUUAUUUUUGCCACAGGGGACACACUGAGUUGUCUCAGUAAGAGUCAUCUCAUCCCUUGCUGUUCAGAAUGUCCCACAGAAGCAGCUAUCUAGUGUCACCUGGGGCCCCAUCCCAGACCUUCUCGAUCAGAAUCUGCGUUUUAACAAGGUCCCCGCUGGAUUCGUGUGCACUGCUCUAGCCUCUCCUGUUUUUCUCCUUACCUGUGUCUCCUUCCUGAGACUUUUACCCAAAGUGCAGGCAAUGAAGACUUUCAAUAAUGAUAUCAGUAACAACAGUGCAGCAGGUUGCAGAAAUGUAAUUUAACAACUGAAGCCAUAGAUCUGUGUUCCAGUUAUGGCUGUGUCUGGAGUUAAAACAGUUUGCUGUAGCGGUUACGGGGAUUGGGUCUGUGGAGUCCAACUGCCAGAGUUCAAAUCCGUGACCACCAUUUCCAACCGUGCAGUACAAUUCCCUUAUCUAUUUAAAGUGUAAUGAUAGUGCUAUUAGAAAGUCAAUGCUAUAACACAUAGAGCUCCUAGGACAUUCAUACAUAUAAAUGUUAGCUGUGGUCAAUCUUAUUUUAAGUUGAAUCAAGGGAUUCAGUUGAGGGAUCUCAUAAAAAGAGAGCCCUUAACAUGAUAUGUCCCCUCAUUUAAGAGGAAUAAGACUAAAUCAAAACUUAUUGAACUGGGGCCAAAGAUGACAGUCUAGAGUGUGAGGCCUUGUUGUUUAGGAAUUAGUUCAGUGAGUUUCUGUAACACCGGCUGCCCUGGGAAAGAGGCAAGAAGGCUGCUCGGGAGAAAGGACAUGGGGAGAGAGGCUGGCAUUUGCUUUGGGAGAACAUUCCUACAGGUUUUACCACUGGCUGGUGAGAAGUCCAGCAAACGCUCAGUCAGGUCUCCUGUGGCUGCAGCUCCAUGGGGAAAGCCACGGGACAGGCCAGAGGCUGGUCUCAGAGGGUCAAGUCUUUUCAGAGAGGGUGAUACACAAGGUACCUUAUUUAGUUAUUUACAUACAAGUCUAACCAAGGACACAGGGGAUAGGAGUUGAGGAGGGGGAAAUUGUACCUACCAGAAAAUUUCCUAAACCCAGGUGCAAGCACUUUAACAUGUCUUGGUUUCCGGAGGUCUGAUCAAUCAGCUUCCUUAUCAGUGCUCAUUUAAAAAAAAAUGUGUUAAGAGUUAUUUGAAUGAAAGUGUAUGUACCAAGUUAUUCUACAACCUUCAGGGAAAUGCCCUGAUUUGAGUGUCUCAGUGUCCACGCGUGCUUGUGUGUGUGCAAAUGACUACAGUUACUUUACUUUUCAAUCUGUUAAAGAGGUGAAAAUUUAAAAAUCUAUUUAAGCUUUUAAGGUCAUCAUGCAGAUCUUAUUAUAUUGAUAAUAUAAUUUUUUCUGUAAAAAUAAAAACACUCUUGCUUGUCCUAAUCAUUCAUA